AGCUAGUCAACCUGAUCCAGCCCAGUAUAUUUAGCCCACGCAUGUUGUUUACAGGCCCAAAAUUUUUCAGCCCAAGAUGAAUUUGAAGAGAGCCCAGCCCAGCCUAAUCUCCUCUGUUCGAACAGAACAGAGUAUAUAGCCAUCCAUCCGGUCAAAGCAGCCGGCCACGUGGCGUGUCCCCGUUGGCUGUACUGGACGCGCGCGUGCAGCCUGCAGCGGAGACCGACUUGACCGCUGGUCUCCGGCGACGACUUGUCAGCCGGUCAACAUGAAGUGUGUAGCACGGCGACGAUUUCCGGUGCACACAUGCUCACUACUGUCGCAAUGGCAAGCUCAUAUACUGUCUGACCAGCAUUAAUUCCGGCCAGCCGCGAGCCAUGGCGAGGGCAAUCCUCCUCCAUCUCCACUCCGACGAAACCGUGCCUCUCCUCGUCGUCAUCGUCGCCGCGGUGGCCGCCGUCGCGCUGGUCAUCGUGUCGCUCUGCACGAGCAGCAAGCACGGCAAGCUGUGGAAGCAGCAGCAGCAGAGAAGUGGGUCGUCGUUGCCGCAGCUGAAGGCGGAGGAAUCAGCAGGCGGCGGCGGCGGCGCCAGCCGGAAGCAGCUGCUGGCCACCCUCAGCGGCAUCGGCGGAAAGGCGGCGGCCAUGGCGAAGAUGGUGUCGUGGAACAGGCGGUCGUCGCGGCAGGGAUGCAGCAGCGACGACGACGACGAGGCCGGCGGCGGCGGCUUGGCGGUGGAGGAGGAGGAGGCAUUGUGGAGGAAGACCAUCAUGAUGGGAGACAAGUGCCGGCCGCUGCAGUUCUCCGGCCACAUCGCCUAUGACUCCGACGGCAACCAGCUGCCGGCGACGACCAUCAGCAAGGAAGCAGCCAAUGCGGAUGCGGUCAACAAUAUUUAUGUUUAACAAUCAUAUGCAUCGAGAGGAAAAAUAAAUAAUAGUAAUUGUGUACAUGAGAUGCAGUGAUGUACAGAAUGACAACCUGCUGCGAAAACGUCGAAAAGGUCCAUAUUCUAGUGGUUACAACUUACAAGUGUCAUAGUAGCACCUUAAGUCUUAGGUUGGACUCAAAUUUUUCAGGAUUUAACGACUUUAUGCUUCAGUGGUAGACGAUGUACCCAUCAAUAGCGAGAUGCCUAUAAUGACUUUGUCAAUUUACAGUAUUUACUGGUCCAGCCAGUGUCUUUAUAGGAGUGAGUGUGUGUGCAUUGUGAGUGUCUAUUGUACUGUGUAAUUUAAAAAAAAUGACAACGUGCUAGCUACGGAGGGA